AUGCGGGUGGUCCCGGUGGAGGAGCAGCCCGCGGCGUCGGGAGUGGUCGUGGGCGUGGUCACGGAGCAGCCCGCGCCGGCGUCGGGCGUGGUCGUGGGCGUGGUCACGGCGCAGCCCGGGGCCUCCUCCGGCGGCGCGGCCCGCGGCGUCGUCGACCAGACCCUGGCCAUGCUCGACGGGCUGGCCGACGAAGGCGGCCGCGGCUCGCUCGAGUCCCUCGGGCGCUGGAACGAGAAACGCGACGACCGCGCAAUGCCCAUCAAGCUUGAAGCCGAGGAUCCCUCGCGUGACAAGUGCAAAGCUGAGAGAAACAGAGAAACCAUGGUCCGCGUCGCCCUCGGCCGGCUCGUCGACGAGCUCGUGCGGACUAAUGCGUCGAGCGGCAUUCUCGCGAUCAGCUACUUCUCGGAGAUACGAGGCACUGAUAAUAACCGCCGGAGAGUAACAGUUUGGGGCUUUUCCUGGUCCGCCAGCCCGGACGACACGAGCUAUCAGCGGCACGGCUCUGUCGCCGGGACGGCGUCUACAAAAUAUGGUCGAUAUGGUGUAUAUGGGCGAAGGGGGGGUGGCGACCAAACAAUGCAUGAAAACAUCCGCUUCGCCGACUUCGAGGGCGUCGUCGACGAUAUUGUCCAGGACAGAGCUUGGGACCAAAUAGCGGUCUACCGCGUCACGCUGCCGAGCCGAGGCCUCGACCCAUGGAAGUGGGCCGGUCGCCCGCCGCCGCCCGCGCCGGAGGAACUCUACACCGGCCCGCGGCGCGACGGGCUGCUGAGCACGGACGAGAUUAGCGGAGAUUAUUUCGCCCCGUGUCUUGCUCCGUUUUGUUUUUGCAACUCGAUGACCGUGGUGCCGCUCGGAGCCGACACAAUCGAGACGUGGCGUACGGGCUGUGUAUUUUUUCCUCCUUGUAUCGGACCGGUAGCGGAAGGCGCGGUCCGGACGCGCAACCCGGGCACCAAUGCAUUUCUCAACUCGCAGAACCCGCCGUUCAACCCGGAUCCGAACAGUAAUUUAAUGACGUUCUCGGCUGACGGAACUGCCAACGGUUGCUACAAAAAACGCCGGACCUCGCAGAAACGGGCGUUCCACAAGGUCGAGACGAGGGACCUCGCGGGCAAGUGGUGCGGCAUCGGUUUCAAUCCGUUCGUGGCGCUUUGGCCGUUUACGUCCUUUCUCUGCACAAAGAAGAAGGCGCUCAACCAGGACCAGUACGAGGAGUCGGGGCUCAUUUGGAUUCUGGGUUUGCCGGGAUGCAUGUGCGGAACGCGCACGCGGAUAUACGUCAACGGCCACCCGACGAAUGGGUUCGCCGGCGCUUUUCUCAACGACAGUGAUCCUGAUCUUGUCGACCACUGGCAUCGCGACCCCGGCUGCGCCGCCUCGGAUUGUUUCUUCGCGAAGAAGGCCGGCUAG